AUGACAGCCGCGAAAGUGGCUGUCAACGAUCAAGGCUUUCGCGAAAUCCAAGGCGAACCGUUCCAGUAUGGUACUCUCGACUUUGACAAAGAAGAGAUCCGCUUUCUCGUUCUGGAGCGAUACGCCGCUGGAGACGAUAAUAAGGGAGGGCCGGGCAGCGACCUGGUCAGCCGCAACAUCGAGACUCAGCCGCUAAGCCAUGCCGACCCUUUCGUUGCUGUCCGGAACGCCCAAGGGUACCGACUCCUCGAGGAACUGAUCAUCGUCAACGGCAAGUGCCUCGUUGUCUCGGCUGCGCUGGAAAGAUUUCUGCGACACUUCAGACGGCCGGACAGAUCUGUGAGGCUUUGGAUCCGAUAUAUAUGUGUCAACCAGUGCAACGCGGACGAAAUGUCUCGCUACUGGACCCGCGAAUUCCAGGACAAGAUGUACGAGGCGGCGCAAUCGGUGGUGGACAUGCAGCGGUUUCUGCGGGAUCUACUAGAUCGACGAGCGUUUGAAAAAGUGGUUGACUCCUGA